AAGGGGGAGGGAAAGGGGGGAAGUGUUUGCACGGACGGGUUUACCGAUUGCUGGCAGAGUUUUCUUGACGUUCGUGCGCUAGCGUAUUUGUAGCUUCUGCCCACAACUCGCCGACGACAACUCGUGUGCAUUCCCCGUCGUCAAACCUUCCCGUUUUCUUAAGUGGAUUUUCCUCAAGAAUUUCAAAACUCAAUCUCGCGAUGUACGCCACAAAUUUUCCUCUCCUCCUGUUAGGAUUCGUCCUCGCUUUAACCUCUGUUGCAACCAAUCAGGUUGAUAGCAAUCACCAUGAGAAGCUUAAAUUACCAAUUUCAAUGUGCGAUUUUGCCAUGAUGGUUGAAGAUAAGAAAGUAUUCGUCGACAAGACUGACUGGAUCGCGGAGGCAUUACGUGGACCGAUCAUGAAGCUCAUCACGAGACCUCGGCGUUUCGGGAAGACCACCAAUUUAUCGAUGCUAAAAUUAUUUCUUCAAAAGGAUCCAAUGGUAGAAGAGAAAAAAUUAUUUGCGGGUUUAAACAUUCUUGUAAACCAUAGUUACGCGGAGAUAGUAAAAAAUCACCAACACAAGUACGCGGUUUUUGAAUUUUCUAUACUGCAUUUAUGUCAGGGACGGGAUCCAACGUCUUUCAGGGACGAGUUAAAUGAACAUAUGCAUUUCUGGUUAAAUGAGUAUACUAUAUUUUACAAACAGUAUUUAACUUCUGCUGAUAUAGAUUAUAUAAAUGUCCGAUUUCUCGGAAAUUCGAACGCAACAAUUUCAAGACUUCUCCGGGGAUAUUUUUAUGUCAUACGUAGAUUAAGAGAUGCAGGAUUUAAAAUUGCAAUCCUAAUGGAUGAAUAUGACGCCCCUUUUAAUACAGCGAUUGAAGACGACUUGGGAACAUUCACCGGGGAGGACAGUUUUAGAACGAAACAUUAUGAGAUGAGUGCAAGGUACGUAGAAAAUAAAGCUCUGAUGAGACAAUUGAUCCUUUUUUUCUGCAAAGAAGGCGUUAAUCCCCAUCCUCACCUCGUCAUUUUUACUGGCAUCACUUAUACGUCAAAAAACAGUAUAUUUUCUGAUAUGUCCAAUUUUAAAGCGUAUACUGUUUUUGACGAUGAUACUUUCGGCCCAUAUUUCGGUUUUAAGAAGGACGAAAUAAAUUAUUUAAUUGAAAAAAUGGAUUCAAAUUUGAAGAUAAAAGGAUUUGAAGAAUGGUACGAUGGGUAUCAUUUCGGUAAUGUCGUAAUCUUUAACCCGUAUUCCGUGGCUUUGACAAUUGACUCGAAGAAAUUCGAUACUUAUUGGGGAAAUUCAGGAUCAUUAGAAAUCGUCCAAAAACUAAUUUCGUUUUCAGGAGAUUUUGGUUUUCUGGAAGUAUAUUUCCUGGUUUCUGGAAUUUCGUUGGAAAAAAGAAUGUAUCCUAAUUUAACAUAUAAAAAAUUGUUCUCGAGCAAAGAGACUUACUGGACUCUUUUGACGAGUGCCGGUUAUCUGGAUGCUUCGAGAAUAAAUGAAACUGACAUUUACAGGUUGGUCAUCCCCAAUAAGGAAGUCAAAGCAUUUCUUCAGAGUCGUUUUCAGGGAGAACUGAAUGAUGCUAAGAAACAAUACAAUACAUUCUUGGACGCUAUAAAUAAAUUAGAAAGUGAAAGAACCGAAAGUCUGAAGAAUUAUUUUGAGAAGCACUUUAACGACCACACUUCUUUGUAUCAUGAAAAUGUGAAUUUAACAGCAGUAUCGUUGGGAAAUGAAUUUAAAUUGCUAUUUGACGGUAUUGAGCGAAAAAAAAUGUUUUCAAACACAACACAGACAAAUGAAUUUAUCGUAUACCAGCUUAUCGUUGGGAAAGGUGACACUGUGUAUACGUUUCAUAUUGCUAAGAUAAACGACACGUCUGCUGAAGAAGCCACAACUAAGCAGCUAUUGGCUCUGCCUCCCCCGAUAGGGAGCUCAUUUCACUUUAAGAAGGGAGCAUAUUCAAAAAUUGUUCAUACAGCGAUUGUGUUCUUGGUAAAAACUGGGGAAAAAUCCCUCUCGGCAUUCAUAAAAGCGCAACUUCAGGAAUAUUUUGAGUCCUAUUUUCACCACCACAGGUGAAUAGCACUAUCGGACGCAUUUUUUCUAAUAAAAAAUUCAGACAAAAAAUCAACUUAAAUCGACAGUAAGGCCGCAAAUAAUAAAAUGAACACAUAAAAUAAAAUAAAAAGCCCGGGACGUUUCGCAGGGAUCACACCCGCAUUUUCAACCGGCAAAACAAAAAAAAUUAAAAAGAAAGACACUUUGAACCUCACCGCUGUUAUUGUGAGAGUGAUAGUGCAGUGCAACCAGCGGAUUGUAAGGCUUUCGGACCAUCAAUUUUUACCUGAGACUGUCAAGACGGGUAAAAAACUUUUAGUUGAAAAUUGUUAUCCUUCUCCCUUCAUUGAAAAGGUAUUUAAAACAGCAAUAAGCAAAAAAGAAAAUAAAGAGCAUAGUGUGAAGCUUAAAAGGAAAA